UAAAGAAGGAUUUAGUUGAAGAAUGUAAUGAUUUGAGAUUUUGAACCAUGGGUCGAGUAAUUCGUGCUCAACGUAAGGGAGCUGGAUCUGUAUUCAGAUCCCAUACAAAAAGGAGGAAGGGAGCACCGAAACUUCGCUCUUUAGACUUCUCUGAGAGACAUGGAUACAUCAAGGGUGUUGUUAAAGAUAUCAUUCACGAUCCUGGUCGUGGUGCUCCUCUAGCUGUUGUUCACUUCCGUGAUCCUUAUAAAUUCAAGACACGAAAAGAAUUAUUCAUUGCACCAGAAGGAAUGUAUACAGGACAAUUCUUGUAUUGUGGAAAGAAAGCUACCUUGCAAAUAGGUAAUGUUAUGCCUGUCGGCACAAUGCCUGAAGGUACGAUCGUUUGUAAUUUAGAAGAAAAAACUGGUGAUAGAGGUCGUCUGGCUAGAGCUUCUGGUAACUAUGCCACUGUGAUUGCACAUAAUCCAGAUACUAAGAAAACUAGAGUAAAGCUUCCUUCUGGUGCCAAGAAAGUCAUUCCCUCGAAUAAUAGGGCAAUGGUUGGUAUUGUUGCCGGUGGUGGCCGUAUAGAUAAGCCUAUUUUGAAAGCAGGUCGUGCUUAUCAUAAAUAUAAGGUCAAGAGGAAUUGCUGGCCUAAGGUUCGUGGUGUUGCUAUGAAUCCUGUUGAGCAUCCUCAUGGUGGUGGUAACCAUCAACACAUAGGUAAAGCUUCUACUGUCAAACGUGGAACCAGUGCUGGUCGUAAGAUUGGUCUUAUUGCUGCUCGUCGUACAGGAAGAAUAAGAGGAGGAAAAACAGAUACCAAGAAGGAUGAUUAAAUUCAGCAUUCUAUGCGUCUUGACUUAUAUAUUAUACAAAACAAAAUAAUACAUAUGUAUAAUUUUUAUUACAUAUGUAAUAAAAAACAAAAAGAGACAGAAAAGAAA